AUGGCCAUCCAAAGUGUGAUCGAUGUCGUCAACGUGGUAUUGAAGACCGCUGCUUCUACCACCCAGCACCUCUCACCAGACAGCGUCAGAGUGCUGAUGAGUCAGGAACAGGCUUCGGAUGCUGUUGCCGCUUUUGCCCCAGCAUCUCCGUCGCAUGGUGACAAACUUGCGGAUGCCGUUGCUGCUGAUGUAUAUCACCCUGGGUUCCUCGGGCCUGGAUCAUACGCUGUACUUCUUCCUCAGGAUGAAGAACCCGGUCAGAUGCGUGAACGCGAGGAGUCUGUUGCAUCGGAACGAUCAGAUCGCGAACUUACACACCAGCACACCCUGUCCAAGUCCAUGCGAUACCAGAUGGCUUGUGAUGUUUUGAGCACUCUUCGCCAUUACAACGCUAUCAAAGAGCUCGUUCUAUGGUAUAAUGCAACAAAUGAAGCAGGUGUGAUACCUGCCCAGGUUCAGGUCGACGCCGUGAAUGCGUUAGAAGCUGUUGUUGACAAGCAUGACCUUCGGCGGAAGAAACCCAGUUCUCUACUGAUAAGCCAAGUACUCGAGACGACUGCACGCCCUUUCACAGUAUCACAGUCAAUGGAGGCACACGACUUUCACAUCUUGUGUUCCGGUGAUAAUUUACGAUUCGAAACUAUCGGCUUUCUCCUCGCGACGGCCGGGCGAUCGCUAACGUUUGGCUUCGUUCCGGAUAUCUUCAGUGAUCCUGCCAACAAGGACAUGAAGUUACACUUUGCCGAUGAGCUACUUCGCGCGAGUACGACCUGUCUUUUUCUCACGACGAUGCUUGCGACAGUCAACGACAUAACGAUCUGGAUGUAUUACGAAAACUACCUAUUUACAAUCAUGAUCUGCGGCUACCAAGGCCCACCCAGCUGGCGACGGAUAGGCGAACUGUCGACACAGAUAUAUGCACUGGGUAUACAUCAAGAGAAGAAGUGCGCUCAUGCUCCGAAAUGGUUGACGGAAACACGCCGUAGGGUUUUCUGUUCAGCAUACAACCAGGACAAGUCGAUAUCCACCUUCCUUGGCCGUCCGAUACGUAUCAGCAAGAGACACACUGACAUCGAGCUUCCACUGGACCUGGCCGAUAAUGAAGUCACCGGUGACCAGGCGACCUUGGAAUCUGCCAUCGCGGCGUUGGACGAGGACGAAAUCCUGGAAUUCUCGCUCGUCAAGAUAGACGCAAACGCGGAAGCUCAGCUACUAGAUAUAUCCGAGCGUGUACGCACUUCCUGGGAGACGCUACCCAAACAUAUGCGAUACUGGAAGACCUGUUGGGAAGACGAUGUUCCCACGGUAAUCUGUCUGAUGCUGUCCAUCAUACACCUCACGCAUUGGUACAACGAGUUCAUGAUCCAAAAGCUGCUCGAUUACAGCCCAUUGACGCUCAACACUGCCCUACUGCGCGUCUCUGUUGAUCUUCUUUGCAACACACUUACCUUGGGUAGAAUCCGCGAUCGGUCAUACGACGUUCAACGCGACAUGCUCAACGCCCUACUGCUAUUUGGUGUACCCGCGGCGUCGGUACUUGCGACAGCUUUGCGCGAACAACACCGAACAGGCCAGCAAUUCCCCGCUGAAAUAUCCCGCGCGGAGAUCAUUCGCAUGCUCAGCGUGCUCAUAUCACAUCUUGAUUCAGCCGCACACAUGGAAAACUCUGGAGCUAGGCACGGCGAAGCCAACUACAACCUCUUUCGCAAGGCGAGCAAGAUUUUCACCAAGGUCAUUGACACAGUCUUGGACACCCGGCCCGCGGAAGAGAUUACCCCAGCGAGUGCUCAGCUUGGGCUUGACCUGGAUCUGGACAUAUUCUCUGGCGCUGGGUUGGAUGGUUUUGAAGGAGGCAUGGAAUUCCCUGGCAUGGGAAUGUCACUUGGUAUGAAUGGGAAUGGAAAUGGAAACUUCAGUGACGCUGCGGAUGAUUGGGGUGCUCUCGGUCAGUGGAAUGCCUUUGGUGGGCCUGUAUAA